AGGCGCGCAACAAGGCGGGCGACAAUUGGUACAGCAUGCAAGGUGGUGACCAUGUGAUGGGAGGGGGGAAGGAGGAGGAGCUUCGAUCCCAGAUCUCCUACCUCGAGAACAAUCUCUCCGAGGUGAAUGCCUUGCUCGACGCCAGCAAAGCAGAAUCCAUAUCGAAGCAGAAGGAGAUCACAGAGCUGAGAAGUGCCUUGGAUAGAACCAAGGAAUCCCUGCAGGCCGCACAGGAGGAGGUCAAAGCUCUCCAGCAGAACCGCAGCUCGCAAGUUUUUCCCGACGACCAGCUGGCGGAGCGAGAGAGGAUGACGCGCAUCCGCAGCCUGCAGAAGGAGAACGCGGAAUGUCACGCGCAGCUGAACCAGCUGAGCAAGGAGGUGGUGGGGCUGACGGACGCGCUUGAGAUGGUGACGAAGCGAGCGCAAGACAAGGACAGGAAGUACCUGGAGCUUCAAGCUAAGAUGGACAAGAUCAUACGCGUGGCGAGCCUCGUCGACCCUCAGCUGGCCUUGGAUCAUCAGUUCUCCAAGGUGAAGCCGCCCAAGUCGAAGCCCAAGCGCAAGUUGCAGCCUUCAUCCAGCAGAGGCCCAUCUCACUCGCUCUCCACUCCUGUCAACCCUGCGGGUCUCAACGGAACUCCAGGGCGGCCGAAGCGGGUGGAGAGCUUGCUCACAGACCUGGAGGAUGUCUACGGGCGUCCAAGGGUCGCCCACAACGGGGUGCAGCGACGCCCGCAGAGCGCAAGGGCGAGGAUGGAGCUCCAAGUGGAGCGAACGACGGGCAAUCGGAUGGAAGGAGGGCAGGAGGACGGUGGGUUUGACUAUGGCAGGCGGCUCAACCGCCCGCUGUCGGCCAACUCCGGCCGUUACUACCGCGGGGACGACGGCAUUCCACACCAACUCUACGAGGACAAUCUGCGAGACUCUGGCCCUCCAAUGGACUCGCGAGGCUCCGCGCAAGACUUCGCUGCUCAGGGCAUCGACGUGUUCGGCACCCUCAGGCCGUUCUCGCACCUGCUGCAAUCGGUGAGGGACGGGAGCGUCACCGAGGAGACUCCCAUCUGCAUCCUCGUCGAGUUCUGCAACUCCGAGAGGCACGCGCGGCGGUACGACAUCCAGCAGUACCAGCUGCUCUACGAGAGGCUCUGCGCCUGCUGCUGGAGGAGCUGAGAGGAAGGAAGUUCACGGUGGUCGGCAACCGCGCAUCGGGGUCCACGCAUGCUCCAGAGAUCGAGCCUCGCCCUGGCUCCUUCGAGAUCUACGUUGAGUGGCAGGACGCUAUGGGGGACACCAACACAGUGCUGCUGUUCAGCAAGCUGGAGAAGAUGCAGUACCCUAACCCUGAGACGCUGGCAACCAGGGUUCGCACUAUCCUUGAGGAAAGAGAGUAAGGCGCAGUUUCAGUUUGAAUUAGAGGAAACUCCUGAUUGUACAAGUCACCAGGCUCAGUCGCUUGACUGAGUAGUUUGAAUAUAACUAUAAAUGAAGUAUAAGUGACCCUUU